AUGGUCAAGAAAAAAAUUCAAAAGGGCCAGGCAGAAAUUCCUGCAGAACAGGAGGCAGGCCAAGGGAAGGGAGAAGUUAAAGGUAAGAAGACUUACUCUCUUGACAAAAAGGAAGCAGAAACUGAUGACACAGCAAAUUUACCAAAGGUUCAGUUGCCAGAUAGACUGGAGCAGGCACUGACUGAGAUAAUUUUAGAGAACAAAAAAGCCAACAGAGUUCUUGGUGAUAUCUCUAAAAGAAUAACUGCCAAAAAAUUAACAGAUGUCUACAAUAGCCUGUCAGCUGCAGGUUUCUCUAAGAACCAAGUGGAAGCUGCCAUGUCCAACACUGUCAUGUGUGGUGGUGAUCUGAUAGAUGCCUUAGACUGGCUGUGUCUCAACACUCAGAAUGAUCAGCUGCCAACUGGCUUCUCAGAAACACUGUAUCAUGAAGAAGAAAAACGCCGGCCAAAGUUUGAUCCGUCACUUCAAGUCGAUGCCAAAGCUAAACCUUCAACUAUUAAGACAGUUGAGAAAACUGUCCAGAAGCCAGCACAAGAGAUCAAGAAACAAGGAGCAUCCAUGAAAGACUGGAUUCUUCAGUAUGCUGAAAACAGCUCAAGUGAAGAGGAGGAAGAAGAGGACAAGCAAGAGGAAGAGGUUGUGUUUAAUCCGACAUCGCAGUAUGCAGAAUUGUUUGGUCAGAUGCAACAUUUGAAAGAUCAGGCUGCUAUAGCAAAGAGCACUGGUGCAGCAGAACAACAUAAACAGAUAUCCAAACAAUUGAAGGCAUUACAUUUAGAAAUGAAUUCUCUAGAGCAGCAUCCAGAGUUUAACCAGUCAGUGAAAGCAGAGCUUAGAGCAUCUUCAUCAAACCACUCGGCGAAACAGAACAAAGUGGAAGCUGUGGCCAAACAAACUGUUGCAGCAGCACAGACGGAUGACAAGGAUGGUGACUUGGGAUUAAACAUUUUAGAAGAAGCCGGAAAACAGAUGGUGAAAGUGCAAGAUGAUGUGCGCUCAUUUGAGUAUACUAGAUCUCAGUGGACGGGCAAAUCACCAAAACAGUUUCUUAUUGACUGGGUACGCAAGCAUCUCUCAAGAAGUGGUCCACCAAAGUUUCAGAAGCACCAGGUCAAGUUCAAUCGAUUUAAAUGCACUGCUAUUGUUGAUAGACAGAAGGAUGGAAAGUUAGAGGUAACACCUUCCAUUCUCUGUGAGAAUAUCAAGGAGGCUGAGCAUCUAGCAUCAACUCUGGCCUUAUAUCACUUGUGUAGGGGUCAGCCUGUGCACCAGCUGCUUCCGCCUUCAUUUCGGAACGUCUGGCUUGAGUGGGCAGAGGAGGAGAAGAAAGAAACAGAUGAUGCCAAGGAAAAGGAAAAUAAGCCAAGGGAUCAGUUCAUUUCUAGAUUGAUCAAGAAACUGAACAUUGAUAGUGCAGCCAAUUCAACCUCAACAUCCAGUUCCACACCAAAUGCAGAUGGCCGUGAUGGGGAUGAUGAUGUAGAAGAUGACUGGGAAAACUGGACUGAUAAGAAUGAAUUCCAGGCAGCUUCACACAGUGUGUCAAAAGACAGAAGGACAGUAAAGCACCGAUCAGCCCCUGGCGUAUUACAGAAUGUGGUACAGAAAUGCCACCAAAAUCCUGAGUUUCAAGAGCUGUUAAAAUCUAGACAACAGUUGCCAGUUUUUCAGUAUAGAGACAAGGUGCUUGCAGCAGUACGAGAUCACAGUGUGGUGGUGAUUGCUGGAGAGACUGGCAGUGGCAAGAGUACCCAAGUGCCUCAGUUUUUACUGGAGGAUUGCGCAGAGCGAGGCGAGAAUUUUGUCAACGUGGUCUGUACACAGCCACGAAGAAUCUCAGCCAUGAGCUUGUCCACCCGUGUGUCCCACGAGAUGGGACAGAAAGAUGUGGAUAGCAGUGAAGCUCUCGUUGGCUAUCAGAUCAGGUUUGAAUCUCGCCGUGGUCCUAACACCAGGUUGUUGUACUGCACAACGGGGGUGAUGCUGAGGCAGUUGCAGAGUGAGACAGACCUAGGUGGAGUCUCUCAUCUGAUCAUUGAUGAGGUUCAUGAACGAAAUGUGCAGUCUGACUUUUUGAUGAUCGUUGUCAAGGACAUUCUCAGACGACGGGCAGAUCUGAAAGUGAUAUUAAUGAGUGCGACCUUGGACAGUGAGAAAAUUUCCUCGUACUUCCAGCAUUGUCCGGUAGUUAAUGUUCCUGGCCGCACAUUUCCUGUAGAGGAAUAUUAUCUGGAAGAUGUUAUAGAGAUGACCGGCUAUGUUGUGGAUGAUGAUUCCCCAUAUACUGUAAACCAGAAGUAUCUUCUUCAAGAAGAUUCAGCAUCUGUAGAAGUCACCAAAAUGGGAGGCAAGAAAUCUAAACAGAAUGUGGUGUGGACACAAGAAGACAUCAGCAAAAUUGAUAAAACUGACCUGCCAGCAGACAGAUAUUCCUUGAAGACUAGAAAUGCAGUAACACGACUCAACCUGAACCGAGUCAAUUUGGACCUCAUUGUAGAUUUACUCAAGCACUUAGAAUCAUCGCCCCCUUUCUGUGAUGUAGAGGGUGCUGUGCUAAUCUUUCUGCCAGGUCUAGCUGACAUACAGGAGUUAUACGAGAUACUUACAACACAGCGGCAUUUCAGCAAUCCAACAAAAUACAAAAUUUUUGCUCUGCACUCUGUUAUUUCAUCACAAGACCAAGGUCAAGUUUUUAUAAUUCCGCCACCUGGGGUCAGAAAGGUUGUCCUGGCAACCAACAUAGCAGAAACAGGCAUCACCAUACCUGAUGUUGUUUUUGUCAUCGACAGCGGCAAGGCCAAAGAAAGUCGGUACCUGGAGACCAGUCGGAUGAGUGUUCUAGAGGAGGUGUUCAUCAGCAAGGCCAGCUGUAAGCAGCGAGCUGGACGAGCUGGCCGAGUGAGAGAAGGCUUUUGCUUUAGGCUGUUCACGCAGGGGCAGUUUCGUGAGUUCAGAGCUUACACAACUCCAGAGAUGCUAAGGGUGCCUCUGGAGGAAUUGUGUUUGAGUAUCAUGAAAUGCCAAUAUGGCAAGCCAGAUCAAUUUCUGAGUGGUGCUCUUGAUCCACCUCAGGGAUUGGCUGUCUCUAGGGCCAUGAACUUGCUGAAAGAAGUCGGUGCCUGCCAAUCAGACGACUGUACUCUGACUCCCUUGGGUCAUCACUUGGCUGCUCUACCAGUUGAUGUCCGCAUCGGGAAAAUGUUGAUAUUGGCUGCAAUAUUUGGAUGCUUGGAGCAAAUA